UUCAUCGCGAUGAAGGUCUUUUUGCUGGUGACUGUGGCGGCUGUGGCCCUUGGAGACGACCUGGUGGACCACCAGCGGGGCGACAGCGAGUACCACUUCGCUUGGCUCCACGACGGCGGGCGGACCUACGACUGGCAGGGCGCCAACAGCUACUGCUCGAGCCUCGGCCGCGGCUGGAAGGGAAUCAGCAUCGAGAGCAGGGAAGAAGACGCCUUCGUCACCGAUGUCAUCGAUGAAUACGACCUGCCGUGGAUCUGGACCGGAGGCCAACGCAGGGGACGCGACUUCGUGUGGCCUUCGGGAGCCCGUUUCGUGGGUCUGAACUGGUCUCACACCGGCGGGAGGAAGCAACCGCAACCAGACAACCGCGAGAAAGGGGGCGAGAACUGCGUGGCCGUCCUCAACGACUUCUAUGACGACGGCGUCAGGUGGCACGACAUCGCCUGCCACCACGAGAAGUCCAUCAUCUGCGAGCGCUCCGACUGAGAGCUCGGGGCGGAGGCCAGAGGGCGAAGUCUGAGAUUCUGUCCGUAUUUAUUCCUAUUUAAAUUUGAAUGAGAAAUAAAGUUAAUUCGCUUAUUCUAUA